GAGGCUGUCGUUGCUGCAGUACUCCAGCAGUGCAACAGCAGCUGCAGCAUCGUCGCUGGAGGCUCGCUACCUCCGGAUCGGGCACACGCAUUCAGCGCGUAAAUUACAAUAAAGCGCAUAGGCGCACUGAAAUCUGCCAUGGCCUCGUCCGCUAGCGUGGCGGAGGACGUCCGUGUCUCAGUCUUGACGCCUCUGAAGUUGGUUGGAUUGGUGUGCAUUUUCCUCGCGCUGUGCCUGGACAUCGGGGCCGUGGUCAGCCCUUCGUGGGUCACCGCGGACAACCGGUACUCUUUGUCUCUGUGGGAUUCAUGCUGGAAACCAGCGGCAUCGGACACCUGGCAUUGCAGCAGCACGUUUGGGUCGGACUGGCAGAUUGCCACGCUGGCCUUGUUGCUGGGCGGGGCUACGCUCAUCCUCUUCUCGUUCCUGGUGGGCCUGGUGUCUGUCUGUGCCGGGUCCAGGAGACGCUUCUACAGACCCGUCGCAGUGAUGCUGUUUGCUGCAGUGGUGCUCCAAGUGUGCAGUCUGGUGCUGUACCCCAUCAAGUUCAUUGAGACCAUCAGUCUGAGAAUUUACCACGAAUUUAACUGGGGCUACGGUCUGGCUUGGGGCGCCACCAUCUUCUCCUUUGGAGCGGCCCUCCUCUACUGCCUGAACCCCAAGAACUACGAAGACUACUACUGACCCCACCCUCCGCCCCCCCGAUGAGCAGCGUACCCACAAUGCACCGCGUUCCCCUUUCUUUUACACGCCGCUGUGUCCGACCCCUCCAGCCUCCUCUGCAGAACUGACCGUGCUCGUAGAGAAAUGGUUUCUGCAGAAGAGGUCCUCCACUACAAUGUCAUAGUACCUACGGAACGGAGCACCCCCCCCCCCCACCCGCCCCCGCC